AUGGACACCGCAGUGGAGGCCAUUCUGCCGUCAUUCAUCGAGAGUAGACACGUCGUCACCUUGGUCGUAGCCGUCCUCGUCUUCCUCCUCGUCUACCUCAUAAAGCCCAAGAACCUACCCCCGGGUCCGCUGGGAUGGCCCCUGCUCGGGUACCUGCCGGGCCUCUUCCCGGACCCGCUGGUGUCCUUCAGCAAGCUGGCCGACAAGUACGGCAAGAUCCUCAGCAUCCGCAUGGGUCCGCAGCUGGUGGUCAUGCUCAGCGACUACGAGACGCUCCAUAAGGCCUACGUCAAAAUGGCCGACGAGUUCUCGGACAACAUGAUCAUGUCUUGGGUCUUAGAAAGCAAGCGAGAUGUAGGGAGUCUGUUCUGGGAGAACGGGGAGCGGUGGCGACAACGCCGCCGAUUCUCCGUCAAGACCCUGCGCGGCUUCGGCUUCGGCAAGCGCAGCCUGGAGGCCCGCAUCCACGAGGAGGGCCGGUUCUUCUGCAGGGAGAUGGAGCGGCUGAACGGCCAGCCCGUGGUUCUCAACAGUCUCCUCUUCAACGCCUCCUCCAACAUCAUCUGCGCCAUCAGCCUGGGCACGCGCUACGACUACCACGACAAGGCCUUCGAGGAGCAGCUGGCCAUCAUGACGGAGCUGAUCGAAGGGGUGCGCCUACUGGAGCCCGCCAACAUCAUCCCGCCGCUCUGGCACACUCGCUGGUACAAGCGACGACGAGGGAUGUUCAAGGCUCACGAGGACUUCAUCCGGGAGCAUCUCAAGUACCACAAGGCCACCCUGGAUCCAGACAACAUCAGGGACAUGAUGGACGCCUACCUGGUGGAGAUGCAGAGACGAAUUGACACCAACGAUCCCAUACAACACACGGAGGAGGGCAUCGUGCACAGCAUUUCGGAUCUCUUCGGUGCGGGCACCGGGACUCUCUCUAACACGACGCUAUGGAUUAUCAUCUACAUGCUGAGACAUCCAGAAAUCCAAAAGAAGAUCCAGGAGGAAGUCGACCGUGCGGUGGGAGCUGACGGCGUUCCGUCCACCACGCAACGCGAGGAGAUGCCCUUCACCUGCGCCUUCCUGAUGGAGAUCCAGCGACUUCGCCCUCUGGCAGCCAUCAUCUUCAGACACCUCCGGGUGCCCGUCAAGCUGUGCGGCUACAACAUCCCUAAAGAUACACCAGUUUUUGGUAACGUGUUCUACAUCCAAAAUAGCCCCAAAUUCUGGGAUGACCCGCUGGAGUGUCGACCGGAGCGUUUUCUAUCCGCUGACGGGAAGACACUGGUGCCCCGAAAAGAUUGGAUUCCCUUCGGACUGGGGCGUCGCAUGUGCCUAGGCGAAGCACUGACCAAGAUGGAGUUGUUUAUUUUCACGGUGACUGUCAUGCAGCGCUUCACCUUCAAGGUACCGGACGGCGACCCGCUUCCUCCCCUAGACCUCCCGGACGGCGGGCUGGUCAUGUACGCUCCAAAAUUCCGGGUCUGUUGUGUGAAGCGUUAA